AUGGCCUCACGGGUCUCUGCGGAAGACUAUCGCUCGGACUUUAGAGCUGACCGGUUCGCCGACAGAACCCUUCUUUCAGGAUGGUUCCCCCAGAUCGAACGCGAUGAGAACAGCAGUUGGAGCAUUUGGUUGUCGAAGAGAAGCCGUGCGCUCAUGAUCCAUAUUGGCAUCAUCAGCAGCGUUUUGAUCGCGAACCUUAGUGUGACUAUUUUCGCCUACUCGAGGUACGGCAGCAAGAACGGGGUAGGCCUCAUCUACCAGGGUGACUGCUCGACGGUACAGCAGCUGGACCGGUGGUUGCAUCUACUCAUCAACCUAUUGGGCACGGGGAUGCUUUCUGCUUCCAACUUCUGUAUGCAGUUGCAAGCCGCCCCUACUCGCGAAAACAUUGAUGCCGCGCACGAAAAGGGCAAGUGGUUGGACAUCGGUAUACCCAGCCUCCGCAAUCUGAAAUAUAUCAGUGACUGGCAGCGAGUUUCUUGGGCAUUACUAGCGCUCACUUCCAUUCCGAUACAUCUAAUUUACAACUCUGCAGUGUUCCAGUCGCUAUCAUCUCACAACUACACAGUGGCAGUCGUCAAAAACUCUUUUUUGAACGGUAGCUCGUGGAGCCUCGAAACGGCUGAAUUCAAUCGUGCUGGAAACUGGGGGUGGAACGAAUCUCGUGUCAACCCACCAAACUUGGACUACGCAAAGAUCAUCCACGGGAUGCAGGAAGCUGCCUCGACAUACGAAACAAAAGACGUCUCCUCUUGCUUUGACUUAUAUGAUGAUUAUUGGAAACCUCAAGGAGAUGUGAUAAUUCUGGUCAGGAACGAGUCAGUGCAGAGCACACCAGAUGACAGCCUGUUGAUGUACGUCUCCAUUGUGCCCCGUCUGGACGACUGGGCAAAGAACAUGUGGGCUCUGGGAAACGGCACCGACGGAUUCUAUGCUAUGUCGCCGCCGAAGCCUGUAACAAAAUGGUUACUUGGGCGCAAGCGAUACGAUGUUGCUGAAUGCCGCGUCCAACCACCAGCAAGUCUCAGCGCAAAGUGCCGAUUCGAGUAUUCGCCACCAAUCAUGUUCACGAUUAUCCUUAUGAAUCUGAUCAAGGUCCUUAUCAUGAUAUCAAUCUGGAUUAUGAGAAAAAGGCAGAAACACGGGCAAGAUAAGGCAAAGGAAGUGAUAUCCACCCUGGGUGAUGCAAUUUCUUCCUUCAUGAGAGAACCCUGCAAGCAGACCGUCGGCAUGGGCCUGAUGACGAAGUACGACUUCUUGACUACAAGAAAGUUCAAGGACUGGUUCGUGAGGCGCCCACCUUCGACAUUGAAGAAGGUUGCAGAUGGUUCACACACUGUACUGCCCUCUCGUAUCUUUCAGACUGAAGCUAAGCAAUGGAGAUCGGCUGCGAGUCUUCGUCGAUGGGUAACACUCCUCUUGAUGUAA